UAUGGCAUCGAGGAGAAUGGAGACCAAACCCGUGAUAACGUGUCUGAAAACCCUCCUCAUCAUCUACUCCUUCGUUUUCUGGAUCACAGGUGUUAUACUUCUCGCAGUCGGUGUCUGGGGCAAGCUCACCCUUGGCACAUACAUCUCUCUCAUUGCUGAGAACUCCACCAAUGCCCCCUAUGUGCUCAUCGGAACGGGCACCACAAUCAUUGUCUUCGGGCUUUUCGGCUGCUUUGCCACUUGUCGUGGCAGCCCAUGGAUGCUGAAACUGUAUGCCAUGUUCUUGUCCCUGGUGUUCCUGGCUGAGCUAGUGGCUGGCAUUUCAGGGUUUGUGUUUCGCCACGAGAUCAAGGAUACUUUCCUUAGGACAUACACUGAAGCAAUCCAGAAUUACAACAAGAACGAUGAGCGAAGCCAUGCGGUGGAUAACGUACAGGAGAGUCUGAGCUGCUGCGGCAUUCAGAGCUACACCAACUGGAGCACCAGCCCUUACUUCUUCAAACACGGCAUCCCUACGAGCUGUUGCAUGAACUCCAGUGACUGCAAUACUCAGGAUCUGCGCAACAUGACUGUGGCUGCCACUAAAGUAAACCAGAAGGGCUGUUAUGACUUGGUGACCAGUUUUAUGGAGACAAAUAUGGGAAUCAUAGCUGGAGUGGCUUUUGGGAUUGCAUUCUCACAGUUGAUCGGGAUGCUGCUGGCGUGCUGUCUGUCCCGGUUCAUUACUGCUAACCAGUACGAGAUGGUGUAACGAGUCUUUCAGGAGCGCCAAGUUCAGAUCCUGCCUGAAGAUCCGGAGCUGCCGAGUUGGAGAAAGACUGACCCGAAUGUUAUAGCACACACUGUCUCCCGCACGCCCGCACGCACAUCCGCACCCCCGCCAGCGAGCACGUGCGCGCGCGCAGCCGCCCCCCCAUCCCCGCCUUCCCCCGUCCCCCCCUCAGCCUCUGCCCCACGCGUAGUGUGUACCCUUCAUUCUGUGAAGUGCCACCGAGAGCAGCCGAGGCUUCCCUCCCUCCCCACUCCCCGCUGGGGCCUCCAGACCCACGUCACGUGUCCCCACGGCCAGGCCCACGGCCAGGCCCACGGCGGCACCGUCUCCCUGUUCUCGGUCACACAGUAGUUGCAUCGUAAGUUAACAAAGGUAAUUCAUUAACAGCGUUGAUCGGGCUGUGCAUGUAGUGACUGGAGGGCGUAAUUAGCCUUUCACCAUGGUUAAUAAGUGUUGCACACGUUCAUAUAAACUGGUAUAUGAAAUAGAUAUUCUUUCUGUUUCAUCUUAAUUUCCUUGUUUCGUUUGUUGCUUUACUAAGGUUUCCAUCUUUCCCCACCAUCCCCUCACGCCUGCCCCCCUCCCCCUUCCCCAAACACAAAGGAAUCAUAAAGAUAACAUAAAGAUACUUGAAAAAUGGUGUUAAAAUGUCGUACUCGAAGGGAACCGUUAUAUUCCUGAUGUUCUCCUACAUCUUUGAUUCUUACUCAGUGUUGUAUGCCUAGUGCGUAUCCCAGUAGGCUUUGUCUAGUGCAUUUUGCCUCUGAACCUGAUCCUGUGUAAUACUGUUAUUAAGCUGUGUUGUUGCUUACUGUGAAGGCAGGAAUUUUGCUUCCUUUAUUUUUGUUAGGUAGUUAUGAACUAAUUGAACUGUGCUGUACUGCGGCCUUCAUUUUUUUUUGUUGUUUUUCCUGUUCUUUCUUUUUCUCUCUUUUUGCAUUGAGGUUGCAGCAACCAAAUAACGUCGUCGAGUCAAAU